AAAAGUAAAACCCUUUCAUUUGACAUUUCAGGUUCUGCUGCUAGCACCAAAGCGAUAUUUUUAUAUAUAGAUGAACUUGCUAACAAAACCAUGACAGAUUUUUUCGAAAAAAACAUUCCUUUAGGUGGAAAUCAAAUAUCAACGUAUGCAGAUUUAUUUUCGCUUGGACUAGCAAUCAUUUUCUCAAUUGCAUUAGCAUGUGGUGCGAAGGAGUCAUCAUGGGUGAACAACGCAUUUACCAUUACUAAUUUAUUAGUUGUAAUUCUAGUGAUAGUUUCUGGAUUAUGGAAAGUGGAUAUUUCCAACUGGACUCGAACAAAGCAAGAGGCUAUGGGAAAGGGUAAUGGUGGUUUCUUUCCUUAUGGAAUAAAAGGAAUUGUGAAGGGAGCAGCUCGAUGUUUUUAUGGUUUCAUUGGAUUCGAUUGUAUUGCAACAGCAGGUGAAGAAGCUAAAACACCACGGAAGUCAAUACCAAUAGGAGUAGUAGUAUCGCUCUUGAUAGUUUUCUGUGCAUAUUUUGGAAUGUCCACAGUAAUGACCAUGAUGUUACCCUACUAUGAACAGGAUGAAAAUGCACCUCUAGCCCAUAUUUACGCACAGUUGAAUUGGACAGUCAUUAAGUAUAUAGUGAGUGUCGGAGCAAUUGCUGCCCUUUUUUCUAGUUUACUAGGGGCGAUGUUUCCAUUACCUAGAAUUAUAUAUGCCAUGGCAUCUGAUGGACUAAUAUUUAAACCAUUGGGAAAAGUUCAUUCCCAUUUUCACACUCCAUUGAUGGGAACAAUUAUUGCAGGAACAGUAACAGGCAUCCUAGCCUGUAUAUUUGAGUUGAAUAAGUUAACAGAGAUGAUGUCCAUAGGAACAUUACUAGCAUAUUCUAUGGUAGCAGCUUGUGUACUGGUACUCAGGUACUCAACCAAAGACACCACCAAACAAAAAAUAGUUCUUAAACAGUACAUCAGUCAAGUUUUCAAUAGAACAACUUCACAACCGUCUACUCUGUCCUCAACUGUAGUGGCAUGGGAAAUUCUUAUAUAUUUUGCCUUUUGUUUCAUACUUUCCGGUCUAAUGACGACGUGUGAAGAUGAUCUCUACAACGGUACAACUUGGCUUGUAUCGACAUGUGCAGUAUUAGCUGUUGUGUUAAUUAUUUUAUUGACUCUCGUUUCAUUUCAACCAACAUCAAAUUCUAAUUUAGGAUUUUCGGUUCCAUUGAUUCCUUGGAUACCAGGAUUGAGUAUUUUCAUAAAUAUUUAUUUAAUGACGAACAUUCAGAAGGAUACUUGGAUCAAAUAUACUUACUGGAUGUUGAUAGGUUUAUUAAUUUAUUUUGCUUAUGGAAUCUGGAAUAGUACCAUAGAUAAGACAAAUGAAGUUGCCAGACAAGAUGACUUGUCAAGAGAUUCGGAAAAUGGUUCUGCAAGUAUGCUUUCAGAACCAAAAGACCAAUGAUAAAACGAGUUGACUGCAACUUUGGAUUGGAUAAAGAUUUACAUAAGAAUUGAAUGAAAUAAAACACUUUUUAUACA